AUGAAUAUUUUUGCCAUUUUUCUUGUACUGACCACACUUAUCACAGCAGGAAUCGUUUCUCCAAAUGAAAGGAACAUCAAGAUCUCAAUUUCCCCACGAGAAACAGAGCCAAAUGCAAAAACAGUGUAUGUUUCAGAUAAGAUAGCAAGUGCACUUGAAGGAACCAAACACUCUGUUUCUGAAAAAACCGAAGAAGAUGCUAAAGGGUUUUUUGAUAAAGUGGCUGGCAAAGCCCACGAGGCUUCAGAAAAUGUGAAAAAAUGUGUUGGAAUAAUAGUAGAUAAAGUGAAAGGAAAAGCCAAGGAUGUGUCUGAUACAACAGAUACACUAAAGGGUGAUGUGGAGGGAAAUGCAACAGAAGAUGUUGAUUUGAUAGAAAAUGCAGUGAUUGAAGAUGCACAUAGGCUUAAAGUGGAAGGGAAAAGGGGUUAUCAAAAAAUUCGAAGAUUCUUUUCAUCCAACAAUUUUCGAUCUUUGAUGGGGAUGAUCCAUUUGCUUGGAUUUGCAUUGUCUUAUGGUGUUUGUUUUUGGGUGACUUUCAUAUCUAGUAAGGUUUUGGCAAAAGCUUUACCGAAGCAGCAAUUUUCAGUGGUACAGAGCAAGAUUUACCCUGUUUACUUCAAGACUCUGUCUUACGGCGUCGCCACGGCGUUUCUCGGCCAUUACUUGAGCCAGAGACGUCCAUUUUAUGCGAGUCGGGGUGAAACAAUACAAGGUCUCAUUUUUCUGGCUAUAUUCUCCAUGACUAUGUUCAAUUCUUUCUACUUGGAGCCUCGAGCCACUAAGUUGAUGAGGGAGAGAAUGAAAUUGGAGAAAGAGAAGGGGAAAGGGAAAGAUGUAUUUGACAUAGAACCAAGCACAAGAAACGUGGAUGCAGUGAGGGAUCCAACAGGGACUAAAACAGGGAAAACAACAAGUAAUGAACCUCUUGAAACUCAACAAGAAUUGUCAGAGGGAGCAAUAAGAGAGAGGCCACAAGUUGAGAUAUUGAGUCAGAAGCUAAAGAAGUUGAAUUUAAUGUCAUCAUUUCUCAAUGUACUCACACUAAUAGGUCUUACUUCUCACCUUUUCCACCGUAGCCAAUUGGUGCAUUCCAGCGGUUAA